AUGCGUUUGAACUCUUUCCUCUGCUCGGCGAGCCUUUUGGCAACGGCAUUAUCCAUACCAACAACAACAACAAGUCCUCGACAGGACUCGGAUUCCAAAGUUGGAUACCUACUCACAACAUUCCCUCUUGAAGAUGAGGCGAUUUACAUGUAUCUGUCUCAAGGAAAUGACCCUCACUCAUGGGAUCAGCUCACCACAAACGGAACAGCUCAAGGCGGAGCAAUUCUUCGCAGCACAGUCGGCAGUAAAGGAGUACGGGAUAGCUUUUUGAUUCCUGCAGUCGACGGAUCGAAAUUCUGGCUCAUAGCCACCGAUCUGCAAGUCAAUGCUUUCAAGGAGGAUUUCAAUGAGGCUACGCGAUUUGGAAGUCGUUCCAUUGUUGUCUGGGAGUCCAAUGAUCUUGUCAACUGGGGUGAACCGACUUUGACACCUCCGAUUAUCGAUGAGACGGCUGGCAAUGCUUGGGCUCCGKAAGCUUACUGGGAUGAUGAGAUUCAGGCAUACAUUGUCGUGUUUGCCUCCCGAUUCUGGCCGGUUGAAGACGUAGACCGCGAAGGACCGCAGCCUCCUAAUAAGCUCAUGUACGUGACGACGAAUGACUUUGUGAGCUUUUCCGAGCAGGAGGAGUACUUCUAUCCUGGAUAUCCCGUCAUUGAUACCACAUUUUUAYAUGCCCCAGAGGAGGGCGCUCGAGUCUGGUACCGCUGGGUCAAGGAUGAAAGAGACUACCUGAUCUAUCAGGAGAGGUCAGAAACCGGCAUCCUAGGAACCUUCAGCAGAGUUGGCGGAGCGCCAGAGGAUGAGCGUAUUGAGUUUGCGAGUCAAUACAACAACAAUGAAGGUCCUUUGAUCUUUAGAGAUAAUGUCGAUGCUGGUCUUUACCACCUUUGGAUUGACGAGAACGACAUGCAAACAUACAUUCCUUCGACUGCACGUACUCUGAAUGAUAUGCAAGCCUGGACGGCAGAACCAUUGGCAGGCUUCCCUAACAAGAUUAAGCACGGCCAUGUUUUUGCUGUGAAUCAGAAGCAGUACGAUGCUAUUGCCGCAAAGUACCCUUCUAUCCCUGCCUCUGAGCAUUAG